AUGGAGGCUCCAAGCUCCAGCUCAAGGUGCAGAUCCGGUUCCUUCUUCCAGGACAUCAGAUCAAGAGAACUCAAUGGAUUCCGAGUUCGGAAGCGCCCGUACAACGAACACUCGCAGCUUCAGUUUACCGAGAUGGGAGAGACGGCUAAAAAUGCUCAUAUUCUCGCGGUAUCCGAUGAGGAAGGCUACCUGAGCUUGUUUGAUUCACGGCGGAAUCUUUCCUCCGCCGCUACUCGUCAAGAAAAUACAGGGAAAGCAAGAAUCACGGAGUGGGUAGCUCAUCAGAACGCCAUAUUUGAUAUUCGUAGGAUUAAGGAUGACGCCAGAAUUCUCACAGCUUCAGGAGAUCAAAGCAUUCAAUUGUUGGAUGUACAAGGGAAGAAAUGCAUUGGCGUGUUAAUGGGGCACACUGGAAGUGUUAAAUCUCUGUGUUCCAAUCCAACUAAUUCCGACCUUCUUGUCUCUGGUUCAAGAGAUGGUUCCUUUGCUUUGUGGGACUUGAGAUGCCAAAGUACUUCCACCAGACGGUCCACAGAAACUUGCUUAAGUUCAACUGCGGUGGUAAAACGAGCUCAUCUUUCAACACAAGCAAAACGGGUUAGGCGGACCAAGACGGCUUCCACAAGCAUCACCUCAGUACUUUAUCUCAAAGAUGAGGUGUCCAUAGCUACUGCUGGUGCUGUAGACAGCAUUGUCAAUCAUCAGUUGAAAAGGUGA